CCCAAUGUACGUGGGUGGCAGAGAGAGGUCACGUGAAUCUAUGCUUAUUUAUCCCGAUCCUCACGGCAGAGAAAGUAUAAUGCAUCAACGGAUUGCAUGCCUUCCAGUAGUGGUCAUAAUUGGAUCCAAAGAGUUCUGACAGAACUAAGCGCGCAUGAUCAGUUUCGUGCUGUGGUGUUAAUGAUAUUUGAAUUACAACUGGGGAUUCUAUUCAUGGGCAACAGGCUGUGGAUUUGAAGCAAGUGACCUAAAAAUAACAGCAAAGGAUUGCUUUUUCAGAAAGAAGGAUGAGAAUGUUGCGGUGGUGGACAAUAUUGCUUCUUAUAGGUGCAGUUUUGAUCAAAAAUACUGCGUGCCAGAUACUUCCCUUUUACGAAACGGUGCCGCCAACGUCCUUCAGCUGCUCUGGUCGCACUUACGGCUAUUAUGCUGACCCUGAAGUCAACUGCCAAGUAUUCCACAUAUGUCCUGGAGCUUAUGGUCGAGGACAGUUCUCAUUCCUGUGCCCCAACCAAACUGUUUUCAACCAGGCAUACUUGGUCUGCGAUCAUCCAUAUAACGUCGAUUGCUCAACGGCUGAUGGAUUGUAUUCAGUGAAUAAUAACUUCUUCGCUCUUGAAGACGAUAUUUAAUUUUUGGGCUGCUCAAAGAGGUUUUAGGGGCCAUUCAUUUAUUACGUAAGAAUGAUUUUGGAAAUUUUUGACCCCCCCCCCCCUUACCCCAUAUAAAGGUACGCAAGAUUUUUCAAACCCCUCCCCCAAGGGUGGAUACAGACUACCAUUUUAGGAGAUUCAUGCUAAAGAAUGACCCCCCCCCCCCCCGAUGAACGAACCUGCGGUUUUGGUUUCGAAAAUCUUUUGAAACUGCUUGGGUGUCAUUAAAGAGCACCAAGUUGACCUGGAAUAAAAGGCGCGUAAUAGGGCAUAAACGAUAUAAAUAAAUUUCAUAAGCAAAAAAAAGUAAAAUAUUCAAAUAUUUACUUUUAAAAAAAUAACUUAUGAAUUGAAAAGACUACUGAAAUCUUUGACAUUUUAUUCAUACAGUGUUUAAACACAAUGUGGGCGGAUACUAUUGUCGACGGUUUAGGGGGGGGGGCUUAACCCCCUUGAUCCUCCCCUUGUAUUCGCCACUGCCCUCCCCUCCACUCUUAUACGUAAGAUUCCAUUUCGUUUUUCAAAAUAA